AUGCCGCGGCCCCGGAGAGGACGCGGUGGUGCAGCUCGAGCAGCCAGAGCCGCCGCACAGCCAGCAAGCAGCAGCCCCAGCACAGCAGUCGAACACAAGCCAGAGACCAGGGGACGCCCCAGAGGGCGCCCGAGGAAGAAUCCGGUCCCUGCUGCACGGCUCAGCAUUAACGAAGAAGACGCCAUCCAGGCCACAACCCGCACCCGCGACGAGGCGCUCGCCAACGAAGAUGCGACCAUGACAAGGGACAAACCGGCAGCGCGCGCAAGCUCGCGGAGCUCCAUAGAGCUCGGACGCUUCACUGCGGCGACUACGACGACGAUGGCGACACCCGGGCGCAACCCACGAGACACGAGCGGGCUGGAUCUGGGCGACAGCGUUUUCGGCGAUUUGGACGACAGCUUUGCGGAGGGCAACAUUCCCGGCUCGGCGCUCUCGGGAGACAUUUCAAAUAUGUCGUAUAGCGCGCUGCGCUCCCAGUCGCGUCGGUCCAGUUUUGUUGGCAGAAACGAUCCCCCCAUUCGACCCAGCAGUCGCACUGGGAAUACCCCGAGGGUUGGCUCGUCUUUUAACCUUGGGCUCUUCAAGAGGCGUGCGCGGGAGCCGAGUAUUCUUGGGGCGAACAGGGUACCUCUGCAGGAGCCUUUGGCGAUCGAAGACUCGGAAGCGGAUAGCGAGGAUGACUUUGAGCCGGAGGCUGAAUCAACUCCGUUGAACAACAGGCGCCGCACGCAGGGCAACAUGGAUAACGAAGAACCGAGAUCGCCAGAGGAAGCCGAAUCCUCAAAUACGAGGAAGCGCAAGAGUUUGGAUACGCAACAGAGCAGAGGACGGCCUGGAAAGGUGUCACGGACAGAGCCGGGCCCGUCGAGGCAGCCUCGUGAUCGUGACUCGUCUGAGUUGCCGGAUGCGCCCCCAUUUUCUCAGGAUGAGCAGGUUGACGAGACAAGUGACUCGGAACUCUCAGAGAUGUCCUUGCCACGAGACCUCCCGGCGAGACUCCCUCCGCGCCCAGUCACACCAGUCAACCAAGAGGAAAUCAUAGCUCCGCCGGCGAGCAGCGGCUCGGAAGGCCCAGAUGUGUGGCCAGAUAUCCGGACACUGGCCAAGAAGCGCCGCCGACCUUCCGUCACCACCCCUACACGCCUCGAAAACCUCUCGGACAUGUCCUCUCCUCCAUCACUGACACACUCACCCAACUACGACACAGCCAAGACUGGCAAGCCGCGCGGGCGGCCGCCGCAGCGCCAGCAAGAGUCCCCCAAGAUGACUACGGCUGACCUUACGAGCCUUUUGCCCAAGCGUAAAUACAAGAAGGCGCGCGAUCCGCUUGGCUUGGAGAGCGACGAGGAGCUCGACACGUCGGGGUUGGGGCACGAGGAUGAUGAAUUAUCUUAUCUAGACACUCAGACCGCGCGCAGGCGGAAAAGGGGCCGGCCACCUACCAAAGGUCGCUCGGCUUCUCGGGGCGGCAAGCGCACAGCCUCAGCAACCAGGCCUGCGUCGUACGGACACAGAUCCCGCCACUCUUCGGACAAGGAGAAUGCCGACGUUGAUGGCACUGGAAGCGAAAACGAGGGAGACGAAGAAGGAGGCAGCAGGUUCAUUCCUCUGGCGGAUAACACAUUUGACGAUGCGACUAGAGGUUCGGCUGACGCCGUGUCUACUGAGGAGCUGAAGCAGGCGAGCAACAAGUUCAAGGAAGUGGACAAGUGGGAGCUGGAUUUUGAGGAGGUGGCUGAGCCGUCUUCGCCGCAGGAUGGGCGAUGA